UUUUCGUCCGACGUGUCAACACACAACAGGGCGAGAAAAAGUGCAAAAAAUCUUUCGAUUGCAUCGAAAUAUUGGUAAAAAGUUUCGCAAAAUCCGUGAAAUCGGGUGAAUAAAACAAAGUAAUCCUAAUAUUGUGGGCAAGAUUCGCACUGUGAAUUGGUGAACAUUGUGUGCUAAUAAGUUUUAUUAGUUGCCGGCUGCGAUGCUGACAAAUUUCGAAACCAAAUCGGCUCGAGUGAAGGGUCUCUCGUUCCACCCGAAGCGGCCAUGGAUUUUAGCCAGUUUGCAUAGUGGUGUAAUCCAGCUGUGGGACUAUCGCAUCAGUACGCUGAUCGAAAAGUUCGAUGAACAUGACGGACCGGUUCGGGGAAUUGCAUUCCACAGCCAGCAGCCACUUUUCGUUUCCGGCGGAGACGACUUCAAGAUCAAGGUGUGGAACUACAAGCAGAGGCGGUGCAUCUUCUCGCUGCUGGGGCAUUUGGAUUACGUCCGCACGACGGUGUUCCAUCAUGAGUAUCCGUGGAUCUUGAGUGCGUCCGAUGAUCAGACGAUCCGGAUCUGGAACUGGCAAUCGCGAUCGUGCAUCUGUGUUCUGACCGGGCACAAUCACUAUGUAAUGUGUGCCCAGUUCCACCCGACGGACGACAUCAUUGUGUCCGCAUCGUUGGAUCAAACGGUGCGAAUUUGGGACAUUUCUGGGUUGAGGAAGAAGAAUGUAGCGCCGGGACCUUCCGGAUUGGAUGAUCACCUGAAGAAUCCUACGGCGACGGAUUUGUUUGGGCAAGCUGAUGCUGUUGUGAAGCACGUUUUGGAGGGACACGAUCGGGGAGUGAACUGGGCCAGCUUCCAUCCGACUUUGCCGCUGAUCGUUUCCGGAGCUGACGAUCGCCAGAUCAAGUUGUGGAGGAUGAAUGAAUACAAGGCAUGGGAGGUGGACACCUGCCGGGGACAUUACAACAACGUUUCCUGCGUUUUGUUCCACCCGCGGGCCGAGCUGAUCGUUUCCAAUAGCGAGGACAAGAGCAUCCGAGUUUGGGACAUGACCAAGCGCCAGUGCAUUCAUACGUUCCGAAGGGAGCACGAGCGCUUCUGGAUUUUGGCUGCUCAUCCAAAUCUGAAUCUGUUCGCGGCUGGCCACGAUUCGGGAAUGAUCGUAUUCAAGUUGGAACGUGAGCGUCCGGCUUAUGCUGUUUACGGAAAUUGCUUGUACUACGUCAAGGAACGCUUCCUUCGAGAACUCGAUUUCAACACAACGACUGAUUCCGUUGUGAUGACCAUCCGCGGGGGAGGAAAGACUCCCGUUUACAGCAUGUCGUAUAAUCCAGCUUUGAACGCAGUUCUGCUCUGUACCCGGACUUCCAACUUGGAGAACAGCACCUACGAUCUGUACAGCAUUCCCCAAAAAGACAGCAACUCCCAGAACAGCGAAACCGACAGCAAACGUUCUUCGGGAAUGACCGCCGUUUGGGUGGCUCGUAAUCGCUUCGCUGUUUUGGAUCGCUCGAACCAAUUGGUCAUCAAGAAUUUCAAGAACGAGGUGACCAAGAAGAUCCAAACCCCGGUUUGCGAUGAGAUCUUCUACGCUGGAACGGGAAUGUUGCUUCUCCGGGAACCAGAACACGUCACCCUAUUCGACGUUCAGCAACUACGCACAUUGGCCCAGGUGAAGAUUGCCAAGUGUAAAUAUGUUGUCUGGUCUGCGGACAUGAGCCAUGUUGCUCUGCUGGCUAAGCAUACUUUGAAUAUCUGCAAUCGUCGAUUGGAUCUACUUUGCUCCAUUCACGAAAGCGCUCGCAUCAAGAGUGGAGCUUGGGAUGAAUCCGGAGUGUUCAUCUAUACCACUUCCAACCACAUCAAGUACGCGAUCAUCAACGGAGAUCACGGAAUCAUCCGCACGCUGGACCUCCCCAUCUACAUCACCCGAGUUAAGAACAGUCAGGUGUUCUGCCUAGAUCGGGAAUGUCGCACUCGCGUCCUCAACAUCGACACCACCGAGUACAAAUUCAAACUGGCGCUGAUCAACCGCAAGUACGAGGAAGUGCUCCAUAUGGUCCGCAAUGCUCGGCUAGUUGGCCAAAGUAUCAUUGCCUAUCUGCAGCAGAAGGGCUACCCGGAGGUGGCCUUGCACUUUGUUAAGGAUGAGAAGACCCGCUUCGGGCUGGCUCUUGAGUGCGGAAACAUCGAAGUAGCACUGGAAGCUGCCAAGGCACUGGACGAUAAGCAAUGCUGGGAGCGAUUGGCACAGGUUGCCCUCAUGCAAGGAAAUCAUCAGGUCGUGGAGAUGUGUUACCAGCGCACAAAGAACUUUGACAAACUUUCCUUCUUGUAUUUGAUCACCGGCAACUUGGAGAAGCUGAAGAAGAUGAACAAAAUUGCGGAGAUCCGUAAGGAUGUGUCCGCACAGUACCAGGGUGCUCUGCUGCUCGGAGAUGUGAAAGAACGUGUAUCGAUCCUCAAGAACUGCAACCAGACGUCGUUGGCCUACUUGACGGCGAAGACACACGGUCUGGAGGAGGAUGCAACUCAACUGGCAGAAACAAUUACAUCCGCAGGCAAGGAUCUUCCGGAGGUGAAUCCAAAUGCCAUGUUCUUGCGGCCACCGGUUCCGAUCCAACAGGCUGAGAGCAACUGGCCGUUGUUGACUAUCUCGAAGGGCUUCUUCGAGGGAACCAUGAUGUCUCGGGGAGCUGCUACCGUUCACCAGGCCCUUGCUGCCACAGAAACCGUUGCUGAAGCUGCUGAUGAGGAUGGAUGGGGUGUCGAUGACGACUUGAAAGAUGACGACAAGUUCGAGGACGCUAAGGAUGACGAUGAUGUCAAAAUUGAAGGCGGCGAAGGUGCUGGUUGGGAUGUUGGCGAUGAGGAUCUCGAACUUCCGGAAGAACUCAUGUCUAAGAUCUCUGCUAGCGCCGCUGGAGACAAGGGCUUCUACGCUGUUCCACCGAGAGGUUUGCCUCCGUCGCAUUUCUGGACUAUAAACUCACAAUUGGCAGCGGAUCACGUUCGAGCAGGAUCCUUCGAAACUGCCUUCCGUCUAUUGCAUGACCAAAUCGGAGUCGUUAAUUUCGCUCCUUACAAGGAACUGUUCAUGGAGUCUCAUCUGGGAUCGAAAACUUCUUACACUUGUUUGCCAAACAUGGGUCCACUCGGAGCAUAUCCAAAUCGCAACUGGAAGGAAAUGAACGUUAAGAACUGUCAUCCUACCUUAGCUUUCAAAUUGAACGAUCUCGUCCAAGCUCUUCAGUCUUGCUAUCAGUUGACCACAACGGGCAAAUUUACUGAAGCCAUUGAGAAACUCCAACACAUAAUUCUGUGCAUUCCUCUGCUUGUAGUAGAAUCCCGCCAAGAAAUUGCCGAAGCUCAACAACUUCUAACCAUCUGUCGAGAAUACGUGGUCGGACUUCAGAUGGAAACCAUUCGCAAGGGAUUGCCGAAGAACACCCUGGACGAGCAGAAGCGCAUCUGUGAAUUAGCAGCGUACUUCACUCACGUUAAUCUCCAACCAGUUCAUCAGAUUCUCACCCUCCGAACAGCGCUCAAUCUUUUCUUCAAGUUGAAAAACUAUAAAACCGCAGCAUCCUUCGCACGUCGUCUGCUCGAACUGGGCCCGCGCCCGGAAGUCGCCCAGCAAGCCCGUAAAAUCCUUCAAGCAUGCGAAAUGAACGAAACCGAUGAACACACCCUUCAGUAUGACGAACACAAUCCUUUCACGCUCUGUGCCGUGACGUACAAACCAAUCUACCGAGGCAAGCCGGAGGAGAAGUGUUCCCUAUGUUCGGCAUCCUACCUUCCACCCUACAAGGGUGUGACGUGCGCCGUUUGCCGGGUGGCCGAAGUCGGCAAGGACGUGAUCGGGUUGAGGAUCAGCGCUUCGCAGUUUAAAUAGGGACUGUUUGUUCUUUCCGAACUAAAUUGACGAGACGGGGGCAUUUCAAUAUAUAAAAUAUGCUAAACUUUUAUUAAAUAAUUAUAUUCUAUGAUACUACGUAAACACACGCGGACACAAUUCAAUAUGAUGUAUUCCAUAUAUGACAAAAAGUGUAUUGUGAAAGUCAUCAAAAUAGGUGUGCUGACCAUAUGCUGUCUGUAAGGUCGAUACGAUUGAGAAUCAGUAAUAAACAGAGAGUUACUACAACACAUAGAA